AUGAGUAUGGAAGAAAACAACAAUGCAACACCAUUAGGGGAACAAACAACUUUCGUUGCCCCGUCAUCAAAUGUUCGACUGAAGACAGACGUGGCUUGGAGAUAUGUUAAUGAAUUACAAUAUGAACAUGGAAGGAAAUCAUACUUCUGCAUAUUUUGUCAAAAAACUUUUCAUGGUGGAGGUAUUAACAGAAUGAAACAACACCUUGCGGGAGUAAAAGGUAAUGUUUGUGCAUGUCCAAAGGUACCGGUGGAUGUCAAAGUUCUUAUGCAAGGUAAUUUGGAGGAAAAUAAUCUAAAAGCAAAUGAGAAGCACGUUUGUUCUUCGGGAAUACAUAUUAAUUUGGAUGAAGAUGAAGAAGUACAAACAAAAAUAACUAAAACGAGCAAGAGGAAAGCUUCUUCAAACUUGCAAUCAUUCUUUAAACGAGGUAUAAAUGAUAUUUCUCAACCUUCGAUUAAAUCUUCUAUGCAAAGUAAAGAGAUAUCACAUGCUACGAAUAUGGCUCUUGCUUUGUGGUUUUACGAUACUUAUGCAAAACAAUCGGUGCACCUUAUUGUUGAGUCUUAUCGAAAAAAUUGGUCAGAAACGGGUUGCACAAUUAUGAGUGAUGGGUGGAGGGAUACUAGGCAUAGACCACUUAUCAAUUUUCUAGUUUAUUGCUCAAAAGGAAUAUCUUUUAUUAAAUCUGUGGAUGCAUCUGAUAUUGAAAGUAAUGCAGAAACGCUAUGCAACUUGUUUUCUGAAAUAGUUGAAAUUGUUGGUCCUAAGAAUGUUGUUCACAUGGUUACUGAUAAUGCUGCUAACUACAAAGCUGCUGGAAAAUUGUUAUGUGAGAAAUAUCCUUCUGUUUUUUGGUCUCCUUGUGUUGUGCAUUGUAUAAACUUGAUUAUGAAGGAUAUAAGGGAGCUGUCACAUGUUGAUAGCUUAAUUACUCUUGCUUCAAGGAUUAUUGUUUUUAUUUAUAACCACAAGUGGCCAUUGAACUGGUUGAGAAAAAGACAUGGGUGGACAGAAAUCAUUCGUCCUGGUGUCACUCGUUUUGAGGAAUUGUUGGGUUUACCACUCAAGCGUGAAUUGGAGUUUGGCAUUGAGGUAAUGUCAACUUUAGCUCUGGUGUCCAUUGCUCCCUAUCGAAUAGCACCAAUAGAACUAAAGGAGUUAAAGGCUCAGAUUCAGGAGUUGCUAAAGAAGGGUUUCAUUUGA